AUGGGAUGUGCUUGUGGAUCUAAAGAACAAGUUAAUGAUCCUUAUUAGAAGAAAUCUAAUAGUAAAAUAAGCUAUAAUAAUUAGAAGGUUAAACUAAAAUGAAAGGAAAAGGAAUAUAGAUUGGGGGAGAUUAAGAUCAAACUCAAAAUGCAAAUUAAAAUGUAAAGAAACUAAUUAGAAAUAGGAUUUAAUAGCUUAAGCUGCAGAAAAAAGAUUAUAAAAUUAGGAAAAAAGAGGAAUGAAUCAUGCUGCUUAGAUUGAAUAUGAGUUUAAAAAGAAAAAUUUAGAAGAAGCAGAAAAAUAUGAAAAAGAGAGAAGAGGAGAAAAUUAUAAUCUCAGAUGGAGUUGA